UGUUUUAUUGCAGGAAUGGAGUCCAUGGAGAGGACUGAUAAUGUGACUGAGUUAAUUAUCACCGGUCUUUUCCAGGAUCCAGAGGUGCAGAGAGGGUGCUUUGCGGUGUUUCUGCCCGUGUACUUGGCCACGGUGGUGGGCAAUGGCCUCAUUGUUCUGACGGUCAGAGUCAGUAAGAGCCUGCAUUCCCCCAUGUACUUCUUCCUUAGUCACCUGUCGCUGGUGGAGAUCAGUUACUCUUCUACUAUUGUCCCUAAAUUCAUCACAGACUUACUUGUCAAGAUUAAGACCAUCUCUCUGAAAGGCUGUCUGGCUCAGAUAUUCUUCUCCCAUUUUUUGGGGGUCACUGAGAUCUUUUUGCUUGUGGUGAUGGCUUAUGACCGCUAUGUAGCCAUCUGCAAACCUCUUCAUUAUAUGAAUAUUAUGAGCCAUCGACUGUGUCAUGUGCUGGUGGCUAGUUCCUGGCUUGGAGGCUUUUUUCACUCCAUAAUUCAGAUCCUCAUCACUGUCCAGUUGCCCUUCUGCGGUCCCAACGUGAUUGACCACUACUUCUGUGACCUCCAUCCCUUGUUCAAGCUUGCCUGCACUGACACCUUCGUGGAGGGGGUCGUUGUGUUGGCCAACAGUGGCUUAAUCUCUGUCUUCUCCUUCCUCCUCUUGGUGUCCUCAUACGUUGUCAUCCUGGUCAACUUGAGGAACCAUUCAGCAGAAGGGAGACGCAAAGCCCUCUCCACCUGUGCCUCUCACGUCACGGUGGUCAUCUUGUUCUUUGGACCUGCCAUCUUCCUCUACAUGCGGCCCCCCUCCACCUUCACUGAGGACAAGCUGGUGGCUGUGUUCUACACGGUGGUCACCCCCAUGCUGAACCCCAUCAUCUACACACUCAGAAAUGCAGAGGUGAAAGUUGCCAUGAGGAGGUUGUGGGGCAAAAAGGAGAACUCAGGGAUGGAGUGAAAAUGGAAAAGUGAUUUAUAAAAGUGUGCCUGAUUAUUAUCUUGAAAUGGAUUUUAAUUUUAGUAGGACAUACAGGAAUGGCAGAAACAAAUGCAAGGACUUAGCAUUACUGUACUGUGACUCUCCUUAGCAACCAAAGUCUUUGUAGUACCCUAGUGUCACGUUCCAAGGACUGAGGUCAGCUAGUCUUGCUGAUCUUAGAUAACUUAAUGGGCUCCGUGAUAUUCAGCAGUUUCAUGGGACUGGUUAACACAGACUCAAAUUAAAUACGAAUGCAAAGGAGAAUUCUUGGACAAAUAUUCUGUAUGUUAAAGUGAUUCUGUCACUGCAUUCCUACACUCCCUUCCACCUUCCUUCUUUCAUCUUUUUCUUCAUUUCUUCUUCAUGCUUCCCUCUUUGUUUAACCUCCCUAAUAAUAACAACCCAUAUUUCAAUAUAAAGGAAACCAAACAGAGAAAUUAUCAUGGGAUAUUUGGGGAGGAGGGUACCAAUCUGAUCCACUCUUCCAGCGUGGACAAUUGUGUCUUUGAAAAUUGCAUCCAGGGAUUUUUCUAUUCUUCUGCUUGUUUUAGCAUCUUGUACCAUAGACUUUUUGAGCACAAGUAAUAGAAAAGACCCUGGAGCAGUUUCAGUUCUUGUGACAUGUUGACACAAAAGAUAGUCCUUAAAUCUCUUCUCGUAAUGUCCUGCAUCCAAAAUUUUAAAGACAAUCAAACAUGGCAAUAGAUCCUGGCUGCCAGUAGGGAAAGAUCAAGACACACAUUUUAACAAAAUAUCACUUUUAGCUUUAUACAGAUGUAAAUCAAUACAGAAUAUAAAAAACUUCUUGAGCCUAAGUUGAAGAAUGAAGGAGAGGGAAAUAAUGUCCAAGAGUGUUUCUGCUCCGCACUCUAUCCUUCAUUCUAACUGAUCAGCCAAGUCCAUUUCUUGUCAAGCCUAUUAGUGUUUCUUGGUGGAGCAGGAUGAGAGAGUUUGUCUUUGCAUUAUUGGUUCAUCUCUCAGAAACUCCUUUAACUCAACUGACUCUUAUCAUUGUGAAUAUAGAGAGAAUAUAAUAAAAUUUAUUUCUAUUGGCUUUGGAAUAACAUGGAUUUUCUUGUAUUUGCCCUCCAUCCUUCCAGCUGUCCUUGUGGAUCAGGGGAAGUAAUGCAUGCAACUCCCUUGCAGAGGGAUGAAGCAUCAUAUUAUGUUAUAGGCCUUAAAGGUUUUUCCUUCUCUCCUCAGAAGCUGGUUAAGAAUGCAGAUGAAUAGUGACUUUAAAGGUACCAGGAAAUCUUCCCCACUUGCUUGUCAUCCUCACUAAUCAUUGACAUGGAUGACCAUUCAUAAUCCCUGAGGAAAUACCACUUCUUUCUGGAAUGACUUUACCACACUUUUCCACGUGACAAACUCCUACAUAUCCUUUAAGACCCAGGUUAAAAUCACUUUCCUUAUGAGUUCUUCUCUCACCUUGCUCUUCCUUGGGUUGAACUUUGUCUUCUAGCCAUGGUUAUUUUUACAUAAUUUUAUCAGUGUCCUUAUCACUUUGGAGGUAUUAUUUUAUAUGUUUUUUCUCUCUGAGGAGACUAAGUUCUCAGGGACAGGGCUAUU